UCUUUCCAAGAAGCAAUAACCUGUUUUUUUUUUUUUAAAUCGCCAAAAUAGAGGAAAGUGCAGAGCAAACUAGAAAGAACAUAUAAGAAAAUUCAUUCAAUCAACUAGAUUUUCAAUAUUUUCUUUUACAUUCUCUUUCUAAACACAUUACUACUACGUUUCUGUUCAUUGCGUAUCGAAAUCUUGUUCUUUCUAUCCCUAAAGAACCUGUUUCUUCUCUUUUUUUUUCAAUGGCUGAAAAAGAGGAGUUAGAGGCAACAGGGGAAGAAACAGAGUUAAAGAAAGAGCUGCAAAGGGUGGUGAAGACGAUUCUUGAAGAUGGUAAUGGAAUUGAGAUUACGAUUGAAGCUAUGAGAAUCUUCUCUUGUUUAGCAGAAUUGAUGCUGAAGAAACCUCUUGGUCUUGGAAUGGACGAUACGGUUUUGCCUGAGAAAUUCAAGUGCCCUCUUUCUGGUGAAAUCAUGGGUGAUCCUGUAGUCUUGGGUUCAGGCCAGACUUAUGAUAGGCCACACAUUCAGAAGUGGUUGAAUGAAGGGAACCUAACAUGCCCUCUAUCGAAACAAGUGCUCUCCCACUCUAUCUUGACCCCUAACUGCUUGGUGCGGGAACUGAUUUCACACUGGUGCAAGAAACGUGGCAUUGCACUACCAAAAUCCUAUCAGGAUAUUGACGGAGAAAUGAUGACUGAGGUAGACCGAAUGCACCUAAACUCAUUGCUUGAAAAGAUGUCUUCUUCCCUUUCUGAUCAGAAAGAAGCUGCUAAAGAGCUUCGGAGACUAACGAAGACAACACCAUCAUAUAGGGCAUCUUUUUGUGAGUUUACUAAUGCCAUCUCUAGAUUGCUUAGUCCACUAUCAGAAACCAAGGUUGAGUCAGAUCCUGAUCUCCAGGAGGAUUUGAUCACUACUGUUUUAAACCUUUCUAUUCAUGACAACAAUAAGAAACCAGUAGCAGAAAAUCCAGUUGUCAUACCUCUGCUUACUGAAUCUUUGAAGUUUGGAACCAUUGAAACAAGAAGAAAUGCUGCAGCAGCUCUCUUCACAUUAUCAGCACUUGAUUCAAACAAGUUCAUCAUUGGAAAUUCUGGUGCUCUUGCUCCUCUACUUCAACUCUUAUGUGAAGGGCAUCCAUUGGCAAUGAAGGAUGCUGCCUCAGCAAUAUUCAACCUUUGUCCUGUAUAUGAGAAUAAAGCAAAGUUCAAUGAAAUAGGGGCAGCGAAGGUAAUCCUGCAGAAGAUCAAGGAUGGCAUACUUGUUAAUGAGCUGUUGAGCAUUCUUGCAAUGCUAUCUACACAUCACAAGGCUAUUGAUGAACUUGGGGAUCUUGAUACCCUGCACUGCUUGCUUCAGAUCAUAAGAGAUAGCAGUUCCGAUAGUACAAAGGAGAACUGUGUUGCGAUUCUGUACAAUGUGUGUUUAAAUGAUCUGACUUUGCUGAUGGUGGUCAAGGCAGAAGAAAUUGAAAAACAUACUCUAGCUGAACUUGCUGAUACAGGGACUACAAGGGCCAGAAGGAAGGCCAGUGGCAUCAUCGAGAAAAUGCAUAAAGCUUUGCCAACUAUACAUACAACUUGAGGAAAUAAACCCAAAGGGAAGUCAUUUUUAUUAUUAUAAUAUCUGGUAUGAUCGGCAAUGGAAGAAAAGGGAACAAGCAGACCCUUGUGAAUGAGUCUACUUCAGGCUAUUUGCUGGAUUUGUUGUAGGGUCUUCAUUGUUCAUGUCAACACCAACUAUUUUAGAGUGUCGGCACCUUAUUACCAAAUGUUUAUAUGUUUGAUUAACGAUCAGUACACUGUUCUUAGAAGGGGAUAACCUUUACUAUAAUUUUUGUCAGAUACUAACAAAAACCAAUUCGGAUGGUGGCUAUAAAUUUACAUCUUCAGGGAUAAUAAAGAAAUUGGUAAAGGUGCCAAUUGAUGUUGAAAUCCAGUGUACACAUCAUACGCUGACUUGUAUUCCACAGCCGUGGCUGUCUUUAGUACAUUUGAAUAGUUAUCAGCUUAUAAGAAUCUGAUAGACUAGAAAGUGCCAACCACUGCCUGCUAGCAGACAUGUUAAAGUUUACAAACAAUAAAGAAGCAAUUUAUAAACUAAAUAUGAAUGUGUCGUUCACUGGUUGGGUCGUUAGGUUGAAGCAUGGAUGUUUAGUAAG